AUGGCGGUUCGUGCGACGGUGAGCCGGUUUCCGGUGGAUGCAGACCAGCUGGAUACUUCGGGGGUGCUCUGGGGAGUGGCGGUAACGCCGUUCGCCACCAAGGACGAGAACGGGAGCUCGCCGAUGUAUGGAUCGAACGGACACUUAAUUCCUAGGUGCGAGAAUUGCUGGGCGUACUACAAUACGUACUGCGAUCAAGAGCAGUGGGCGUGGACUUGCUCCCUCUGUGGAACCCUAAAUGGCUUAUCUGCCGAGACCAUUGCUCGUUACUCGCUUCCAAAUUCCGCCCCGGAGAACAUGUCUUCCUUCAUAGAUCUUGAAUUGCCCCUGGAAGGCUCUGAGGAGGAAGAUAUGCAAGCCCGGCCAGUGUAUGUUGCAGCUGUUGAUUUGGCAUGCUCAGAAGAGUUUAUAGAACUUACAAGAAGUGCUUUGUUAGCGGCUCUGGAAGCUCUUGCUCCUGGAUCUCUUUUUGGGCUUGCUACAUUCAGCCAUAAGUUAGGUCUGUAUGAUGUGCAAGGACCUAUUCCUGUGAUUAAAAAUGUUUUUAUUCCCCCGGAUUCGGAUGGUACACUACCAGUUGAACUUGAAGAUGCCAUGCCAUUAUUUUCUUUUCUGGCUUCUGUUGAAACUUGUAAGGAUCGCAUCACAAAUGCACUUGAAACCCUAAGACCAACUACGUCAUGGGAAAGAAAUGCAGGUGCAGGACAAGGACUAGGUGGAAUGCAGCAGGGAGGGAGAGGUUUUGGUUUGGCAAUGGAAGCACUUAUUACAUAUCUUGGAUCUGAAUAUGGCAAUACUUUUGCCUUAGGCAGAAUAUUUGGUUUUCUAUCUGGACCUCCUGAUUAUGGACCUGGGCAGUUGGACACAAGAAGAUAUAGUGAGCAAUAUGCUAGUAAAGGAGAGGAUGCUGAUCAUGCUUUACUUCCUGAGCAGAUGCCAUUUUACAAAGAUUUGGCUUCUGUCGCUGUUCAAGCAGGUGUUUGCAUAGACAUAAUUGCUGUUACCAAUGGGUACACAGAUCUGGCAUCCUUGAAGUUCCUUAGUAUCGAGAGUGGCGGCUCGUUGUUUCUGUAUCCAAAUACCGAUGAUUCAACACUUCCUCAGGACAUGUAUCGAAUGUUAAGCCGUCCGUAUGCCUUCAAUUGCAUCAUGCGGCUGAGGACGUCCUCUGAGUUCAAACCUGGAAAUUCCUAUGGUCAUUUCUUCCCUGAUCCACAGUAUGAAAAUGUUCAGCAUGUUAUUUGUUGUGAUUCGUAUGCCACAUAUGCUUAUGACUUCGAUUUUGUAAAUGAUACUGGGUUUUCCAGACACACUGCAGAGCCUCCUACGCUACAAUUGGCAUUCCAAUAUACUGUUGUUGUGCCCCCACAGGAACUUUCAAGUUCGCAAUUAGGCUUGUCAAGCAGGUCGAAGUAUAUGCUUAAAAGGCGACUUAGAAUCCGAACUAUGCAAUUUGGAACUGCAAAUAGCAUCAAUGGAAUAUAUGACAGUGUUGAUCCUGAAACAGUUCUUGUAAUACUUGUUCAUAAGGUGAUACUAGCUUCACUGAAUGAAGGAGUUCAGGAAGGCAGGAUAUUACUACAUGAUUGGCUUGUAAUCCUUACCGCACAGUAUAAUGAUGUGUGCAAAAAUGUUCGCAAUGAGUAUGUGAACUCUGCAAGCUCGCUUAUUGAUGUCACAUUUGCACAAUGUCCCCAAUUGCAGUCUUUACCUCGACUAGUCUUUGCUUUGCUUCGGAAUCCUCUCCUACGCUUCCAUGGAGAAGGGGUUCACCCAGACUAUCGGAUAUAUAUUCAAUGCUUGUUCAGUGGACUAGAACCAAGCUCUCUUCAACGUGCAAUAUAUCCUAUGUUGACCUCAUAUGCCACUCCUGACAAACAAGCAUAUCCUCGUCAUUCUUUGAGUCGUGCUGCGUUGCUGACAAGUGGUAGUCCAAUAUUUUUCCUUGACGCAUUCACAACCCUCAUCGUGUUCUAUUCAUCUACAGCCGACCCUAUGCUUCCUUAUCCUCCACCACACGACUGUUUAUUGAGAAGGACAAUAAAUAAACUGAAGCAAGAACGAUGCAUCACUCCUAGACUGAUGUUUAUCAGGGGUGGCCAAGAUGAUGCCACCCCGUUUGAGAACCAUCUAAUUGAAGAACAGGAUGUUGAUGGAAGUGGCAUAACGGGCGAUGUGGGUUUUGUUUCAUUCCUUGAGGAGGUGAGUCAGAGUGUGUUAGAAUACUUGAAAUAGACGACAUGUACAGAUUAAAUGAAUCACAAAGUGAAUAUACAAAGAAGAAACCAUUAACCAGUAGGUUUCGAGAAGAUAGAGGCUUUCAGUUUCUGUUACAUAAUGAAUCAUUCCUGUAAAGAUUUCGUAUUGUUGUUGCAAUCAAAUUCAC